AUGUCUGUCCAGCUGCACAUGCUACCGAUCCUCUGCCUGACCUUCACGCACGGUGCCUGUAUGUUCCCUAACCAUCACUGGGGUGAAUGGAACGACUCUCAGCUUCAGCCAACAAUUCAGAAGCUGAUGAAAGGAUACAACCGCUACCUCAGACCUAAUUUCAAUGAGGGUCCUGUGGAAAUUGGAAUGAGCCUCGAUAUCGCCAGUAUUGAUGCCAUCUCUGAAAUCAAUAUGGACUACACUGCCACUAUCUUCCUCCGUCAGCGCUGGCGGGAUUCCAGGCUGCUGUUCCCGGGAAACGAGAGCGUCAGUCUGGACGGACGCCUGGUGUCACUGCUCUGGAUCCCCGACACCUUCAUCCCCGACUCCAAGCGCUCCUUCCUGCACGAUGUCACGGUGGAAAACCGCCUCAUACGCAUCUUCAGCAACGGAACUGUUCUCUAUGCCCUCCGCAUCACGGCUACGAUCGCCUGCAACAUGGACCUGACCAAGUACCCCAUGGACAGACAGGUGUGCACUCUGCAGCUGGAGAGCUGGGGCUACAACCUGCAGGAUGUGGUGUUCUACUGGACCAGAGGGAAUGAUUCAGUGAGGGGUCUUGACACACUGCGGCUGGCUCAGUACAGCAUAGAGAGCUACUAUACAUCAGUGUCAGAGGCCGUGUACGAAACGGGACAAUACCCCAAGCUGGUGCUGCAUUUUGCACUGCGUAGAAAUGUGUUGUUCUUUAUCCUGGAGACCUAUGUUCCCUCCAUUCUGCUAGUGGUUCUCUCCUGGGUCUCUUUCUGGAUCAGCCAGUCCUCUGUGCCAGCUAGAACCUGCAUCGGAGUGACUACGGUCUUGACCAUGACCACUCUGAUGAUGGGCGCCCGCACUUCUUUGCCCAAUGCCAACUGCUUCAUUAAGGCCAUAGAUGUUUACCUGGGCAUCUGCUUCACCUUCAUCUUUGGUGCACUGCUGGAGUACGCCUGUGCCCACUUUUGUACCAUGCAGCACCAGACCAUAGAGGAUUUACACAGAGAUCUUCUCAGGGAGUUUAACGAAUCGAACGGAAAUGGAUCCAUCCCCGUUGUCAGCUCCACCCAACCAAGCCAGUCUGUGGAGAUCGGCUCCACUGCAGAGGAGCCCACGGAGCAGUCAGGGAACAGUGACACUAAGAACGACACUGGAUCUAAAGAGAAGAUGCCAGGACUGGGGUGUGGCCUGUCUUCUGUUAAGAAUGCAUCACGUAGGGCAGCAUCUGUCUUCAUUGUGGAAAAUCCACACAACAUCGAUCGCCACGCCCGCACCGUUUUCCCCACUGCGUUCCUCUUUGUCAAUAUCCUCUACUGGCUUUAUUAUCUCUUUCUCUGA